AUGUCGGAGCAGGCAGCGCUGAGCAGGGCGUGGUUCGCGGGCAAGGAGGGCGGCCUCUGCGGGCGAGCAAGCGUGCGGCGCGAGGAGGGGAAGAGCGACUACGGCGCGAUGUCCUUCGUGGCCAGCCGCGCGAGGAAGACGAAGCGCGUCCUGCGGGGCCCGAAGCAGACCGCCAUUGUGGCGGCGGCGAAGCGUCUGAAGAAGCAAGGCGAGGAGCCCACGUACGCUGCCAUCGCGGCCGCGUGCCCGACGGCUGCCCUGAACCCCGACGCGGAGCAGCCGGACAGGGAGGCCGCCGGCGGCCAGGCGAGCCGCUGCAGGCAGGCCAACGCCAGCAGGACGGACGGGAAGCAGAAGGCCAACCUCAGCAUGGCGAACGAGAGCUCCUGCGGCGCGAACUCAAGCAACGUGACGAACGGGUCGGCCGGCCCGCCCGACGACGCGGGCCCGACGGACAACACUGGCGACGGGGACGGAUACGACGAGCACGGCAACGACGAGUUCCCCGGCGUCUUCAUCCUCGGGUACCGCUUCGUGGCCCUUCAGCUGGCCGGUUUCCUCAGGGGCGUGUGCUGCCGCAAGGGCCAGCGUACUAUACCCGUGACCACGGCCGACCAGAUCAACCGUGACCCGCAGCAGGUUCAGCUCUACGGCCCGGGUCUGGAGAAGGAGCCCCCGGCGAACUUCUACCGUGACCUGAAGACCGCCCUCCGCGCGGGCAACCCCCGCCACGUGGUCUUCUCCGUGGACGGCCAGGUGGCGCGCGUCCCGCUCAAGUGGAGCGACGCGCGGACGAAUGCCCACGGCCUGAUCAUCGACUACGACACCGUCUACGGGGCCACCUCACGGCGACUGAGGAAGGACCUGGAGAGGGCGGCCACCAAGAGGCUCCACCUCUGCCGCAAGGUGGGCCCCUGCCAGGAGUGCGAACCGUUGAAGGCCCACCUGCAGUCCUACGCGGUGGUCGCGGCCGACGCGGUGGUCGACCUCGACGACCUCGCCGAGCGCACUCCGCUCGGCUGGUGCUGCGUCCGCACCUCGCGGGGCAUCCGUGGGAUCCCAGGCUGCGCCUGGGGCCUCGUCCGAGGCGCCGGCGGCCUCUGCUGCCUCCCCUGCUGCUGCUGCCCGCGCCGCAGGCGCAAGCCCACGACGCCCGCGGAGGAGGGCCCCAAGCCGCGCGACGAGUCGGACACCGAGGACGAGGGCAUCCCCUGCAUGGCUCAUCGGGUGGGCUGGCGGCACGCCGAGACGGGCCGGGUCACGCUGCUGGCCCCGCGGGUGCAGUGUGGCGACAAGGCGCUCGAGGAGAACACCACGCUCCUCACCGACGACGCCCGCGUCAGCCCCCUGACCGUCGGGACGCAGCAGGAGCAGGCCCCUCUCUGUGCCCACCACGCCGCUUUGUACCAGGGGAUGCGGCGUGCGCAAGGCUGCGCCAAGGCCAAGUGCAACUCCCUGGGCUACGCACGGCGCGACGGCAUCAUGCUGUGCAGGCCGCACUACGACGAGAGCCAGCAGGAGAAGCGCCGGGAGGCGCAGGCCCUCCAGGAGGCACGCGACGCAGCCCUUUCCACCACCUUGGCCCACGCUGGGCCCCAGGGCACGCCGCCCCAGCCGCCGCCGCUUCAGCACGAGGGAGCAGCUCCGGGGCCCCCCUCGCCCCGUCCCCCGCAGCCCCCUCACGGUGAGGCCCCUCGGGGGGGCGGGGGCCAGUCGAACCCCCGGCUCUCCAUCGCCGACCUCGUCUCCCGCCUCGACGGCGCCGACGGGGCCCCCACCAGCGCGGUGCCCUCCCCGCCGAGCGGGAUGGAGUGCCUGCGGGAGUACCUCCGCGACCGCGAGCUCCACCCCGAAGAGGGAGACGCAGGCGCCCAGGAGAGGCUCCUCAACCGGUACGACUGGGACCAGACCCAGGACGUGCUGAAGGUGCUGCUGCGAGGUGCUGAGGAAUACGAACGAGAUGGGGGGCGCGGUCUGCGCACGCUCGAGGGCGAGUGGCGCAGCCAGCUCCGCCGACUGCGCGACGGCUACCAGGAGGCGGUGCGCCCCACCUUGGCUCCGCUCGCACCGCAGGCCCCCCCGGGCCUCACAGCGAGCAUCGCCCACCCCUUCGGUGGUGGCGCCCCCACCUGGGGCGUAGGCCCCGCGCCUGCGACGAGCCCUGCCGCCCCGCGGCCCCUGCUGCCGCCUGGCGCCCCCGCCGCCUCUGCGCCGCUGCCCUCCCUGGUCGGGCGUGGCAGGACCGACCUCUACCACAACCUGGUGGGCCCCAUCCUGGCCGACGGCACGCGGCACGCCCCCCCGGGCGAGCGACGCGCUGGGGUCGGAGGGGAGAUCGGCCCCACCGGCGACAGCGAGAUGGCAGCCGCCCUCAAGGACAUCGGACUCGGCAUCGAGAGCCUCGUCAAGCACAACAGUGAGUCCAAGAGCUCCAAGGGCACGCCGCAGGGCUUAGGACGAGAGGAGACGGCCCUCGUCUUCCUCGCGCGGGCCUGCAACCGCUUCAACGUCCAGGUCUGCCCCUCCUACACAGGCACGUCCCUCUACCAGGCCAUCAAGGAGGCCUUCGUCACAUCGAAGGGCGAGCUCUCGGGCCUCGGUUGGCCCACCUGCGUCACAUCACGCCUCGCCCUCGGACUCGCGGGCCUGUACUUCGGCGCACGGGACCAGCACUCACUUCUACCACACUACUUGAGCGUGGCGGACUUCCCUAAGCACUCCCAGGAGGAGCACGACAACCACGUAGUCCCCCAGGACGACCGCCUCGAGGCCCGCCCCCGGGCUCCCGCUACGCUGGCCCAGUGGGUGAAGCAGGCGCAGAACCACGCCAGAUGCUUCGCGCUGAUCUACGGUUGGGAGCACUACCAGGAACGAGCCGAUGCCAUCGAGAAGCUGGAGAAGCUGGCCGAGGAGGACUCCGACGUCUUUCCCCGCGAGCGCAUCUACGGCUGGUUCGAGGAGCUCAACUGGCGCUGGCGCGAGGAUCUCAAGGACGUGCACCGCCAGCUCCUUCGGAUAUCAGGCAAGGAGUGGCUACGCAAGGAGCAGCUCGAGUUCAUGGCCCUCACGCCAGACAGUGACGGCAACCCUCUCCUGCGCAUGCCGACUUGUUUCAAGCUCGACCUGGAGGACGCCUGGUUCAGGAAGACCAUCUUGCCACACCUGGAGCGGCAGCACAGCCGGACACUCUGGCGACUCACGCACAAGGCCCUGAAGGCACCAGGAGAUGCUCGAGGCGCAGGUGCCGAACCAGGAGCCGAGGGGAGCCCCCGCAGGGCUUACCCCGCGGGCAAGCGCCUGCCACCCCGGGAGGCCGCCGAGUCGGUCACCCACGCGCCCAUCGAUGAGGUAGCCAAGAAGCCCUACUGCUGGGGCGCAGCCACGCACUGUGGCUGCCAGCGGACAGCUGCCGAGUGCGGCCACUCGCACCGCCCUUUCAAGGGCACCCUCCAGCAGCAGCAUUGGACAGUGCAGGCCCAGCUGACACGCCGCGGGGGCUUGAAGGGUGACAAGCCCAUCCCCCCGACCGAGGUCGACGGCCGCAUCAAGCAGCUUCGGGAAGCCGCUCGCGAGGAGGCAGCCCAGAAGGUCCGUGAAGGGGUGGCCCGCCGAGGGCAGGCAGGCCGUGGCGCCGGCGACGCCUCAGGGGCCCCCCCGCGGAGCAUCAGGUGGGCUCCCCCGGAGGAGCUCGUCAGCUUCGCCCCCACAGCAGCCGAGAACGAGCUCACGGAGACCUUGCGCGGCCCGGACUACAACUGGGAGCGCGACGUCGACCCCCCCGGGCCUGACACCGCGAGAGCCGUCGAGGACACCACCGCCGAGUCCCCCGAGGACGUUGGAAGGAGGCGCGAGCAGAUCGCGAAGAUCGCCUCGCUCCCCGAGGUAGGUCCGCUCGAGCAGUGCAGCCAUCACCUCCAGUCCUACGUCAAGGGGCGCCUCCUCCAUAGCUCGCUCAGGGGCGAGGACAUCACCGUCGAAGGCGUGCUGGACGAGCUCGUCCGCGGAGGCCCCGCCGCGCUCGCCGAGGAGGCGGGCGACUACCUGGAUCAGCUUCGGCGCGCAGGGGGGGCCCACCUUGGACCCGGCUCGGGCUACGCCGAGGUUCUGCAGCCCACCUGGCCCGCGGACGGCGGCUGCGGGAUCGGUAAGCUCCUCGUGGCCGGCCUCGCGCUGGAGACGGCAGACUACCGCGACUCCAUCCACGUGUCGCCUGGCCUCCGCGAGGCCCUCCAGCUCGGCGACCAGGAGCUGGAGGAGCGCCAGUGCAUGGUCAUCCACAUCGCAGCCGGCCUCCUCGACAUCGAGGCCACGAGAGGGGACGCCCAGGCGCCCGACGCCGCCUGGCCCCCUCCCACCACGGACACGCUUGCUCUCGCAGCCGACCUGAGGGAGGAGCUCUGGGCAGGGGCCUCCGAGGCCACCCGCGCCCUGGGCGAGACCCCAGAGAAGCUUGACAGAGCCGAACGUGAGGUGCGGGGCUACAUACACGACGUACUCCACCCUCAUCAUAAUAAGGACUAUCGUUCGCUUUGUGCGUUCCCGCUCGAGCCCCUCAGCAACGUGAUCCCCAAUUUCAUUCGGGUCGACUCCCUGGGGCGCGUCAACUUCGAGAGCGUGUCAGGAGCAGCGGCCAGCCCAGAGUCACCGAACUGCUGGUUGCUCAUCCACCGACGGCACAUGCGGCUCAUCAAGCUCGGGCCCGACAUCGACCGAGCCACACUGUUGGCGGACUUUGCCCAGCAUGCCAGCACCUGGGGGGGCAGCCCGCCGACCGACUACGUGGCCAUGGGCUGGGAGGUUCUCCUCGACCAGGCGAAGGAGUGGGCGCCCGAAGCGUUCACCCCCCAGCCCAGGACCUGCCUUUGCUGCAAGUACAUCAAGAACAGGCAAGGAGACGGAGCACGUGUCGCCGGGGACGUGGCCCCCCUGGAGCCCCUCAACGACGACUACACCUUCCUGACAAUCGCCGGCUGGGGCCUCCAGGCUUGGAGCCCCUACUGCAGAAAGGAGCACCCUAUCCCCGAGUCCGUCACCGUCCCGGGGGACAAGCUCAUCGCCCAGGACGACCCCACGGCGCGCUACCGCAAGCGCACGUGGAUCGUCGCCCGUGCCUCGCAGCAGUUUGCGCGCUGGAUUGCCAAGCGAUGCUGCGGGCAGCACCGCCACGUGUCGCUGGAAGGCCAUGCUCCAGGUUCGGCAAUCCGGCGCUGCCGCACCUCACAGGUCUACCCCUGGCCGUUCGUCGAGAACCUCACCCAGGGCAUCCUGGCGGGCGUCUUACCAGGAGGCUUGCGCACCUCAGGGUGCGAGACUACCGAUGUGCUGGACGGUGGGGAGGCCCCCCCCCUUGCUUCAAUUUCGGCGAGCUCAUUGGAUUUGCAAGGAGGGAUGGCACAGGAACCGAGGCCGCCCGACGACAGUGCGAGGCGCGUGGGCGACUCGGGGGAGGCCAGGGCGCUGAUCAGGCGCUUCGCCCUCGCCUACGUCGCCUAUGCCAAGGCCCAGCCGACAGGCACGGUGGACGCUUGGAGGGGAGCCGCCGCUCGAGGCGAGGCACUGGUGGAGCUGGCGGGCAGCGUGGAGGAGGGCGCCCGCGCCCUCUUCAAGGCUAGGAGCGACCUGGGCCUGGACAACCUGAAGGGCAUCUUCGACUCGGACCUGGACCGCCACCUGGCCCCGGACGCGCUGCUGUACUUGCGGGACCAGGCCGGGCACGGCGUGGCCGCGAGGGACACGGGCAUCAAGGUGAGAGAGGAGUGCAAGCCACAUCAGAGCGCAGCUGACGUCUUGGACCAGUGCUACGAGGGCUCCUGGAAGGACGUCCACGCCGCCCGUGUCCUCGUCCUCCCCAGGCGCCGACGCGACCUCCUGCAGGGGGUCCGCUCCUCACCGCAAGGAGCGGUCCCCAAGCAGAACCCGGACAGGACGCUCUCCCUAGAGAAGAGGCUCAUCCAUGACCAGAGGCGCGUCAACGAGACCACGGACAAAACAUGGCAUCCUCCCGCGGCACAACCGUUCCAUCGACAGCUCGCCAGGUUGAUCGUCUGGUGGUCAGUGAAGCUACCGCGUAUCCCCAUACUCCUAUCGAAGCUGGACGUCAAGGGGGCCUUCAAGCUGCUCUGGGUCGACCCCCAGGACGUCGGCACCUUCGCCACUGACCUCCCUUGGCACCCGGAGGCCUGCUCGGCGCCCAGGGGCCCUGAGGAGGCCCCCGCACCGCAGACGACCGACCCGGACACGCAGCUCGACCAGCAGGUGCAGCUCUGCCUGGAUAGGGGCCUCGCCGAGGGCCUCACGCUCAUCUCACUGGUUCUCACCUUCGGCUGGGCUGGAAGCCCAGGCGAGUGGACACCUUGGGGCGAUAGCGUCGCAGCGGUCCACAGCCAGCACGCACCGGGGAACUCGGCUUGGGAGGGGCCCUUCAAGUUCCAGUCGUACAUUCUCAUGGACGACCUUGUCUUGGUCGAGCCCGCCCUUGGCAUGCGCCCCUGGACGUCCAGAUCGCUGGCCGAGAAAACCAUCGAGAAGCUGCUGGGUCCAGCCGCCGUCAACCAAGACAAGAAGCACCAGGAAGGCUACUUCUCGACGAACAAGAUCGUUUGGGGACUGGAGUACCGCACCGACGAGAUGCAGGUGGCCAUCCCCGAACCGCGGUUGUUGAAGGGCGCCUACCUACUUAGCGACACGUGCUACGACAGCGGCUACAAGGGCGCGAGGCUCCGCGACAUGCAGGUGUUGAGAGGCACGGGCACCAGCUGGAUGGCGGCCAUGCCGGCGCUGGCGACCGAGCUGAGAGCAGUGGACGCCUUCCUUACGCCGCAGGCCGACGGGAUUCUGAGGCCCAAGGUCGAGCCGGGGGCGGAGGAAGCAGCAUGGCAGGACCUGUGGGACACCUGCGAGCUACUACGACUCCUCCUCGCCCGGCCCGAGGUAUGGGGGGAGCGCUUCACCGUCUCCAUGUACACUCUCCUGGACGUGCGCGAGCGCCUCGCGCUGCCCGGCGAAGCAGCCAAGGUCGUCUGGGUCACCACCGACGCCACCACGUCCGUUGCCUUCGGCGCCGACUGGACCGAGAAGAUCUACCUGCGGCAGGACCUCAAGGACUACAAGGGCAUGCUCGGCGAGGCCCUCGGCGACUCCGACGACAGCACUGUCGAGAUCGCUCUCGGCGAGGCCAUGGCCUACAUCGUCCUAGCCGGGCGUCAGGGACCAUCGUGGAGCGGACGCAUCGUGCUCCUGGCAACGGACAACAUGGCAUUCACGAACUGGCUCAAGAAACGACACCCUCGACCUCGACUCGUACGCCACCUUUUUAGGAUUCUGCACUACCUUGAGUGCAAGUACAACUUCAUGACGAUCGGCCAUUUCUUCCGUACCUACCACAACGUCACGGCGGACUUCGGCUCCAGGGCCAGCCAGGAGGAGGUCAAGCGCCGCAUGGACGAGCUGGGCCUCUCGAGCGUCGACGCGGCGCACGAGUGGGCGGACCUCGUCGCCAACGGGGUUCGCCGCAGGGUGCUCCGCUUGCUUGGCGGCGACGCCGAAGACGGCCGGAUCGCCCUCCAGCUCCGUGAGGCCCGCCUGAAGAGGAGGUUCAGAGAGGACCCAGACCCCAGCGCGGGCCCCGUCUGGGCGAUCCUGGCGACGCUAGGCCCAGACCCCACGGGGCGCAGCGCCUGCAAGGCGGCCAGGCAGGCCGCCCGCCUGGGCGCCCAGCGGAUCGCCCUCGACGCCCCGCGGCAGCUGCCUCUGGGCGAGGCCGCUCGCAGUCUGCAGGAGCAGGGCUUCACGGUGAGCACCGAGGACCUCCUCGCGACCGAGGUCGGGGAGCUGGUGGCGCGCCGCCGUGCCCUCCUGUUGGGCACGAGGCACGUGGGCGACGAGCAGCAGGCAUGGACGUUCGACACCCUCGACCUCAGGCGCCCGAUUGCGCCCGCGGUCGGCCCCGUGCUGCAGCCCCCGAGCGCGCUGCCGCCCGACGCAUGGCUGCUCCACGCCCGCUUCGAGGCCGACCCCCGCAUGCGGAGGGCGGAGGACCGGCUCCUCCCAGUGGGCGUCGGCCACCUCUGGUCGGACAAGGGACGCGAGGUGGUCUACAGCACGGGCGGACCCCUCCCGACCAUCCAGGCCGACUGGACGACACACCCACCGCCCCUGAUCCGGGACUUCAAGGGCCCGGGGCACGGGGUCAGGCGCGUCACGCUGGAGGAGAGCUGGCUUGCCGUGGGUGGCACCCUAGAGGACUUCCCCACGCCCCAGGACGACGCCACGGCCGCACAUGUCACGAGGCUCAUCGCGGGCGACACGGGGGCUCGACUCGCCGGCGCCAUCGCCCUCUGGGCGGGAGCUGCCCUUGACUGGGAAGCGAGCGCAGGCGCUUGCUUCGACCUCGACGCGCAGGCCAAGGAGCCGGGCCUCGUCUGGCAGGACAUGGGCGGCACCCAGGACGAGCACGACGCCGCUCGCGCUGCGGGGGCGUCAACACUGCCCGAGAUCGCCAGGCCCCCUCGCAAGCAGAAGAUGCCCCAGCUGGGACUUGUCUCCAUUUCGGCCCCCGAGCACCUCGUCGACCUGGCGCCGGACGUCCCGGUGUUCGCAGAGGUCCAGGAGUGGGUCCACAAGAAGUUGGCCAGCGGGCUGGCGCACAGCACCCGCACCAGCUACGGCGAGGCCUGGUCCAAGUGGCUCUGGUGGUGCACCCGCAGGGGUAUCCCGCCGCUGUUCGAGGGCGACUCCAAGAGGCAGGUGACCGAGGACGAGGAGGAGCUCCUGCGCUUCAUCGGCUACCUGGGCUGGUUGGGCAAGGGCAACGGCACCAUCCUCAGCACCCUCUUUGCACUCCAGGGCGGCCACGUGCGGGCAGGAGGCGGCGACCCUCUCGUCGGGAAGAAGCGCAUCAAGGUCCUCAUCGACUCACUCCAGAAGGGCGGCCCGAAGGAGGAACGCAAGCUCGGCGUCACGCCGCGCAUGAUGAUCUGGCUGAAGAAGGAGCUUAGCCCCACCCCGCCGUGCCAGGGAGAGAGGGCCACGAGGGGACCUGACUUCGACUCGGUGGUGCUCCGGGGGGCCCUCUGCACGGGCUUCUUCUACCUCUGCCGCGCGAAGGAGAUCGUCGACAGCGGAGGCGUCGAUGAGCAGAUGUGCCUGCGCGGGGUCGAUGUGGCAUUCCACGACAAAGAAGGAGGUGCUGCAGCUCCUGGAGUAGGCUCGGCAGCCAAGGCCCUGAUCACUUUUCGCAAGACCAAGACGGACCAGCGGGCGUUCGGAGCAUGCAGGACUCACCACAGGGCCGAGGCGGAGGUCUGCCCGGUGGAGGCCCUGGAGCUCCUCCGCCUCCACGCGCCCGAGCGCUUCCAGGAGGGCUCCGAGGGCCGCCGCCCGCUCUUCCCCACGCUCCACGCGGCAUGA